GCUGGACCAGGGCCUCGGUGGUAAACAACCAGAUUCCGCUUGGAGCCCAGACUGGAGUUUUGCGCAGCCAAGCCCCCCGCCAAGGACGCCGAGGCCAUGCCCCUCUCCGAGUGCUACAUUGUGGUCAAGCUGGCCGACCAGCCCUUGGCUCCCAAAUCCAUCCUGAGGUUGCCGGAAACGGAGCUGGGGGAGUGUCCCCUGGGCGGCUGCAGCAUCUCCUACCUCAAGCAGCUCAUCACCGGGAAACUACAAGAGUCUGUUCCUGACCCAGAGCUCAUCGACCUGAUCUAUUGUGGUCGGAAGCUGCAGGACGACCAAACGCUGGAAUUCUACAGCAUCCAUUCGGGAUCCACGGUCCACGUCCUCCGAAAGUCGUGGCCGGAACCAGAACAGAAACCAGAACCCGUGGAUAAAGUGGCGGCCGUGAGGGAGUUCCGGGUUCUGCACACCGCUUUGCACAGCAGCCCCGUCUUCAGAGACUCGGUCUUCAAGAUGCUGGGAAACAAGGAAUCCCUGGAUCAGAUUAUAGUCGCUACCCCCGGACUGAGCAGUGACCCCAUUGCGUUGGGCGUCUUGCAGGAUAAAGACCUCUUCUCUGUGUUUGCUGACCCAACCAUGCUGGACACGCUCAUCCCGACCCACCCGGCCUUGGUGAACGCCAUCAUCCUGUUCCUGCACUCCGUGGCCGGAAGCACCCCCUUGCCCACCAGCGGCGGGCCUUCCAGCUCCAACUGGGACAUGCCGGGUGGCUUCCUGUUCGAAGGUCUUUCGGACGAUGAAGAUGAUUUCCAUCAGAGUACCAGGAGCACUCCUUCCAGCAGCACUUCCGGCUCCCGCCCGGCCUCCCUCGGCUACAUGGGAGCGGCAGGACCCCGGCCCAUCACGCAGAGCGAACUGGUGACCGCCCUGGCCAGCACCCCCGAAAGCAGCUUCCACACCCCGACCCCUGGGACGCAGGGACAUUCUUCGGGCACGUCCCCAAUGUCCUCCAGCGUCCAGUCGGGAACGCCCAUCACCAACGACCUCUUCAGCCAGGCCUUGCAACAUGCCCUGCAGGCCUCCGGGCAGCCAAACUUGCAGAGCCAGUGGCAGCCUCAGUUGCAGCAGCUGCGAGACAUGGGCAUCCAUGACGACGAGCUGAGCCUCCGCGCGUUGCAGGCCACCGGAGGGGACAUCCAGGUGGCCCUGGAGCUCAUCUUUGCCGGAGGAGCCCCGUAACAUCCCCCUCUCUCCCCGUCCUGCCUCAAGAGGCUCAGGCCCCGGAAGACCCUUCUGCCCAUGUCUUGGACGCUGCUUGGUGGUGCUGCUCUGCCCUAUUCUCUCCCUUGUCAAAA